GAGACGCCCUACACGUGCUCUGAGUGUGGGAAAAGCUUCAGUUAUUGCUCUGCCCUUAUCACACAUCAGAGAAUCCACACGGGAGAGAAGCCCUACACAUGCUGUGAGUGCGGGAAAAGCUUUAGUCAGCGCUCAAACCUUAUCACACAUUGUAGAAUCCACACAGGGGAGACGCCCUACACAUGCUCUAAGUGCGGGAAAAGCUUUAGUCAGCGCUCAAACCUUAUCACACAUUGUAGAAUCCACACAGGGGAGACGCCCUACACAUGCUCUAAGUGCGGGAAAAGCUUCAGUCUGCGCUCAAACCUUAUCACACAUCAGAGAAUCCACACGGGAGAGAAGCCCUACACAUGCUCUGAGUGUGGGAAAAGCUUUAGUCAGCGCUCUGCCCUUAUCACACAUCAGAGAAUCCACACGGGAGAGAAGCCCUACACAUGCUCUGAGUGUGGGAAAAGCUUCAGUCACCGCUCUGCCCUUAUCACACAUCAGAGAAUCCACACGGGAGAGAAGCCCUACACGUGCUUAGUGUGGGAAAAGCUUCAGUGAUCGCUCUGCCCUUAUCACACAUCAGAGAAUCCACAUGGGAGAGACUCUCUACAGUCACGUGUACUGAGUGCGGGGAAAGUUUCGGGUGGAGCUCUCACCUUAUCAGACAUCAGAGAAUCCACACAGGGGAGAUGCCCUACACGUGCUCUGAGUGCGGGAAAAG